CAGCACGACAGCAGCUAACGACACAACAGUGAGCUCUGCCCUGGAGGUGCUUCGCCCGCUGAUACUUUCAGGGAGGUUCACAGGCUGGGUGGAGCAUUCAAGGUGUGUCUCAUUUUUUUAUUGACUCACCGUCGGUAGCGACUGAUACUCGCAGAGUAAAGUCCUCCUGACAGCGCAAGUAUAGGAGGAGACGAGUGUCUUCAGUUUGAGCUCUUAAAGGCGACAUUAAUCCAUCUCCUGUCACUCCCUGAACGGCAAACUUUCGGUGGAGUCCAGCGUCCUCGCGUCGACCACUUCAAAGGGUGUCCGAAAAUGGCGAAGGUUUUAAUUUUCAACAUAUUCCUGGUGUUGAUUCUGUCCGGUGUGGAGUCGUGUCACAUCCCGAGCUCGCAGUACACCUACGUGCCAAACACAAUUCCAGCUGGCCAAUAUGUAACAACAGUUGACUUUUUCGACUGUGAAACCAAACCAUUACGCUUCACUGUAUCUGACUCCAGUUUUAAAAUAUACAGUAAUGGGACAGUCGAGGCAGCAGCUACUGUGUCAGUGGCAAAAGCAGAGCGGAUAUUUUAUGUGUAUGCUGAAGACAACACUGGCCAGCAAAAUAUAAUUGCGAUGCACCUUGACCCCAAAACAGCAGUGGGAAAGAAGACAGACCAGAUGUUCCUGAGGCGCUCCAAGAGGCGGUGGAGCCCCCCUCCCUUCAACAUAUUAGAGAACGAGAAGGAGCCUUUUCCUAAAGAGAUCGACAGGAUUGUGUCAGACUCAGAAACGGAUCAGGAAGUAUUCUAUACCGUCAGCGGACCAGGCGUGGAUUCACCUCCACUGGAGCUGUUCACUCUGGAUUCGAAUUCUGGGAUGUUGAAGGUGCUCAAGCCAGUGGAUCGUGAGCAGUACCCAAAGUUUGUCCUAACAUUUAGAGUUUUCAACAAAUUCACAAAAGUUGAGACAGACAAACCUCUGGACAUUGAUGUAAUUGUUGAUGAUGUGAAUGACAACGCUCCAGAAUUCAAAGACCCUCUUAUGUUCACUGUGCCGGAGAAAAGCAAAGCAGGUUCAAUUGUGGGGAAGGUGAAUGCUACAGACAAAGACCAAAAAGGGACGCUUCACGUCAAAAUCAGGUACUCUCUCCUGACUGGAUCAAACUUGUUUGCCAUCCACCCAAACACAGGCAUCCUCACUACAAAAACGGACACCCUGGAUAGAGAGGCACAGGACAAGCACUUGGUGGUAGUACAAAUCAAAGACAUGGAUGGUGGAGAUAAAGGGCUAUUAAACACAGGGACAGCAACCAUAAGUCUGACUGAUGUCAACGACAACCCUCCAUCUUUUUUGAAAACAUCCUAUGAACCGAGUGUCAACGAAAAUGAAAGGGAGAAACUUAUCCUUCGAAUUCCUGUUGAAGAUAAGGAUUUAGUCAACACUUCAAACUGGGUUUCAAAAUUUGAAAUCACAAAAGGAAAUGAGAACGGAAACUUCAGAAUGGAAACUGACUCCAAAACAAAUGGCGGGCUUUUGUAUGUGUCAAAGCCAUUGGAUUUUGAGAAGACUCCAAGAGUCAAUCUUGAGAUUAUGGCACGCAAUGUAGCCGAUCUUAAAGGCACCACAGCUACUUGGAAUUCCAUCCCUGUGAACGUUGCAGUCACUAAUGUUGAUGAAGGCCCAGAAUUCACAGCUCCUACUGUCCAAUUCAGUGUCAAGGAAAACACACCAAACGGCACGUUGAUAGGAACAUACAAAGCUUUGGAUCCAGAGACCAAGAGCAGCGAUGGCAUCAAGUAUUACAAAGCCACAGAUCCAGCCUCAUGGAUCAACCUCAACAGAGAUACCGGAGAGCUGAAGGUUGCAAACACCAUUGACAGAGAGUCACAUUAUGUUCAGAAUGGACUUUACAACAUCACCGUGAAAGCUGUAGAUGCUAGCUCCAAGACAGGAACAGGAACUGUAAUCAUUGUGGUGGAAGAGGACAACGACAACAUACCAACGAUCCCUACUAGCGAGAUGGUGUUGUGUGAGAAGGAUGGAGAGUUGGGCUCUGUGCUUGUUGUCGCUGAAGACAAGGACCAGUCCCCCUUUUCUUCACCGUUCAGCUUUAGUUUGCCAGAUGAUAAUGAUGGCAAAUGGGUUUUGUCACAAUUCAAUGACACAACAGCUAAGUUAACACAGCUGAAAGACCUUCCUAUGGGGACAUACGAUGUUCCUGUGGAGGUUAAAGAUCUGCAGGGCCUUGGUGAAACACAGAUAGCCAAAGUAAGGAUCUGCCAGUGCAGGAACGGAGUCUGCUUGGCCAAGCGGAGCUCUGUGUCACUAGGGCCUCUGGCUUUACUGGCUCUGCUGCUGCCUCUGUUCCUCCUCCUUCUGCUCUGCCUACUCCUCAUCUUCUUCUGUGUGACAAAGAGAGAGAAGUUGCAGCUGGAGGAUGCAGGAGACAGUGGCGGAAUCCUGCUCAAAUCAAACACCGAGGCCCCUGGGGAGGAAGUGGAUGCAAGCCUCAUCACUGUCCCCACAGUUAUUAAUGAUGCAGCAGUGAAGGGCUCAGUUAAGGGGCUGAAUACAGGGUGGCAAGGGACCAAGAGCACCAGCUCAAUGGGAGGCAUGGGCAUGGGCCAACAGGAGAAUGGGAUGUAUACAGGUGUGAAAACAACUGAGUUUUAUUCUGGCCAGUAUGAUAGCCAGUAUGGCUCACAGUUCAACGGAGGUCAGAUGCUUGGUAGUGGUGUGGCCUUUGGCAGCAGGUACUUUGCCCAGGACUCCUCCUUCCUUCACACCUGGCAGACAAAUGGACGCUACCUAGAGCAGAAGCUUCCCUAUCUUGGAAAUGAGGACGAGGGACGCUACGCAGAUGACAUCAUCCACUCCUACGGCUACGAGGGGGCGGGCUCUGCAGCCGGCUCUGUGGGAUGCUGCAGUGACUUCGGUGAUACGGAUAACCUCGACUUCAUAAAUACACUGGGACCAAAGUUCAAAAGUCUGGCAGAAGUCUGCAGAAAGACAUGAACAAUGAAGUUCUGAAGUAGUAGUGUUUACUGGACAGGAAGUAAGGAGGGCUGGGAUCUGAAUGCUUGGUGUGCCCCUGAACGUGAAUGAGAAAAAUAACAAGCAGGUGAUGUCAGUGUGUGCACACUGCUCUGCUAUUGCCUAUUGCUGCAAGUUUUUUUUUAAAUUUUAAAUUGUUUUUUUUGCUUUUUUUGGUCUUUUGCACUGAAAACUAGUCAUAUGCAUUGAUUUGUACAUACUUAGUGUCGUGCUUUAUGUGUUGUUUGCCUUUGGAGUUUUGUGUUUUCAACCCUUCAUCAAUAAGCUGCUUAUCCUUUUAGAGGACAGCAGGAGCUGGUUACACAGGUUUAUUGUGAUAGCUGUAAUGCAAGUGAAGUUAAGGUUUUUUAUUAGUAAGUAUGGGUAUUUUACUGGUAUUCAUAGUUUUUGAUUGCCAUGAGUGACAGUUUUUGCAUUUAUUUGGUUCUUCUUUAAAUAUCUGCUCAGUUUUAGAGUUUUGUAUAUAUAUUUUUUAAAGAAAGAUGAAAUAAAUAACAUCAAAUAAGAUGGAGAAAAGCUUUCUUUUACUUUAAAUUUCCCACACGGAGUGAUUCAUUUCAAGUGACAUGUUUGUUGACUGUCUUCUGGCUUUUUCUAAAUCACACAGUAAUUAUCUCUGCAAACACAUUCCAGAGCGACUCUUGACCGCUGGCUGGGCGUAGCUUCAGUGCACAGUAUCACAGAGGUUGUUUCGCCAUUCAGGCAGUAAUCCUGUCAAAGUCAGCACAAGGGCGUGAAAGGGAGGAGUGAGGUGUUUCUGAUACAGCCUGUAACUGUCUGAAUACAAUACUGACCCCAUGCAAGAUCAUACAUAUGGUGUAAAACAUGCUUGAACAGGCUAAUUAAAGGGAAUCAGAGGCCUCUGUGUAUGAUUUGUAAUAUCAUACCUAUAAUUUUUGUUCUCAAAAAUUAUAGGUUUGGCUAUCUAGUUUGGAUUUUAUUCUAUGAAGUGUAAAAUAAAAAAAAAAAAGGUUACAAAUGUUAUUUUUUGUGUGGGUACUUUGGCAGAAAGAUAGGCACGUCUUUGUGCUCAGGAUGUCUGUACCCUGGUGAAUGAUUUACUGGGUGUGGCUUUGAGCUUACACAACAUGAGAGGUACAAUGAUCCACUGAUCAGCUAAUGUUUACCUCUUCUGCAGAGCAAGUUGGUGCACUUUUAGGCAGAGUAGCAUUGUGUCCUUCCUGCAAUUAUCCAGUUUUAUCCAUGCCAACAGUGAGACUUUUGCUAACCCAAAUGAAAGUGCCACUCCAAU